AUGGCAGAAAAUGCAGAUGUGGAGCCGCUCCUGGAGGCCUUCAGGAAGUUUGCCAUCCAUGGAGACACCAGUGCCACUGGGAAGGAGAUGAACGGGAAAAACUGGGCCAAGCUGUGCAAGGACUGCAAGAUUGUGGAUGGAAAGAAUGUCACUGGCACUGAUGUGGACAUUGUCUUUUCUAAAGCGAAAGCCAAAACAUCUCGGGUCAUCACGUACGAGGAGUUUCAGAAAGCCCUGGAGGAAUUGGCCCCGAAACGGUUCGAAGGAGAGAGCGAGGAGGAUGCAGUGCAAUCCAUCUACAAGCUGGUGGAGGGAAAAGAACCAGCCAACAUGGGCAUAACGAAAGCAGUCAAGACCAGUGUGGUGGACAGACUGACAGACACAUCUAAGUAUACAGGGUCCCAUAAGGAGCGCUUUGAUGAGAGUGGGCGGGGCCGGGGGAAAAUUGGCCGCGAGGAUCUGCAGGAGAACACGGGCUACGUGGAGGGCUACAAGCACGCUGGGACCUAUGAGGAGAAGACAAAAGCCAAGUAGGCACAAGCACCAUCUGGCCUGCAGCAGCACCUAACCAUAAACACACACUGACAUGGUUUUGUCUGCGUGUGACGUACAUCAGACGACCUGCAGUCUUUAUUUUGGCUUUGGCUCAAUCAGCUGAACUGUGGAACAGCAGAAAACUUCAAUUUGCAGACAGUGAUAGGAUGCUGCUCACUGCAAAAAAAAAUUUUAAUACCUUGCCUGUUUUCAAAAAUAUUCUAAUGAUUUUAAGUAUACGGCUUUGCUGAAUGACUAACAGCUGUCUAAGUAAUGUUUUUAUUUUUACAUGUGUUCUUUGUGUACCUAAUACACUUUGUGUAUUUCAAGACGUAUUUCAUAUUCCCUUUAUUUUGUAGCAUUUUGUGCGUUUUCAUGUCUUUUUAAGUAUGCUUCUCAAUAAAGAAGCUUCUGUGAAAGAACCCAUUAAAGUUGGACAGAGUGGUGCUGUGCAGAGAUUUAUGCUUAAAAAUUUUAAUUGUUGCUAUGGAGCAGAAUGAGCACGAGCAUAUGAGAAAUGGAGAAAUCGAACGGUUAGUUGAAGUUACUUUUUCAGGACAAUACAGAAGAAGGAUUACAGUGUCACUGAGGUCAGGUACCAUUUUAUCCUGUGGUGUCACCAUCUAC